CCUUGAUCCGCUGAUACCACCCGUCAGAAUUAAACCGGAAAAUGAUGUCAGGUACUGGAACAGUUCAGUUCCAGCUUACGAUUUUCUCUCCUCUUCAUGAAAUCACAAUCUUGCUUCCUCUGAGUGGAUGGAGUGCUCUCCGGCCUUGCUGCUCUCCUCGCUUUGAACUCCACCCCCAUGACGACAAUCUGGGGGAAAACGGGGUACCCAGCUUCGAUAUGCGAAAAAACCACAGGCUCGCAAGACACAUGACCACAUUGAGAGUACUGGUAUCCGGAACUCAUGAUAUCUCUUCUGGCACUCAUAACAAUAUAAUAGGUAUAGCAGGUAUGGCCACAUCCCAUCGGCACAGCUCAACCAGGAAUUCGUGUUGCUGCAAUUCACCAACUGCCCAAACAUUGUUCAACACCGCCAAUCCUGCCUGGGCAAAGUAUCCCAAGCAAACUCCCGCCAAUCCCGAGAGCCAGGUCCGGCAGUACCUCCAUCCUCUCCCCUCAUCCAUCUCGGCGGCGUCCGGGUCACAUCAGCGCGAGUUUGCCGAGAAACCCUCCCUUCGGCACCCCGACCCUCCGGAUCCUCCCUAUCAACACCGAACUACCUGCCUUAGUCUUCGGAGAUCACCCCGCCCUCCUCCAGCUUUCCCCGCAUUGCAUCACGGAACGUUCUCUUUGCUGUGUUGACGUUUGGCAAGCAAAUGACAAGCGCCUCGCUAUCGCAAAGCAACCUAGGGUAUGUACUACCUAAGUACAAAGGUAACCAAGAUAGCCAGUAGGAUAUAGGUAGUGGCAACUCGGUUUUCUCAGGAUUGCUUUACACUCAUAAAACUUUGGCCAAUGAUUUGGUAACCCUUACCUAAACUCGCAGGGUAUGUGUCUACAUUGCAGUUCACCGUCCUUGUGUGGAUAGCUUCAACUGGCUGUGCGUUUCCACACCGUUGACAAACCUCAAAGCCCCGAACAGGCAGAGACGGUUGGCCACCUUUAUGAGCAUUGCAUCAAUAACGCAGAACUUGCUUUGGCAAUCAUGGAAAU